UUUAACAUAAACAAUAAAUCAAUACAUUUAAACAACAAAAAAUUUAAACAUACAAAAACGAGAAAAAGAUGUCAUCACAAGUUGAAGAAUUCAUUCCCGGUGGUUAUCCAGUCACCCCACAACAUGAGAAUACAUUAGGAGACUUGGAAAAUAGCAACAUAGAAAACAAUGCAGAAAAUGAUACCACAGUAGAUAAGGCAGAAAACAAAGACGUCGUAAACGCAGAAAAUAAGGAUGUAGAAAACAAGACCGCAAAAAACGACAUAGAAAACAAGACAGAUGAUGAUAUAGAAAACAAGGCAAAAAACGUCGAACAACAAAAACCCAAAGAUGAACGAGUGGAUUUAGGUAUUAAACCUCUUGGUAAUCAACCACUUCCUUCACCAUAUAAGCCUGAAGCUGAAGGUGCUGAUCGUUCUGUUCAUAAACAAUCUGAGGGAGCUAAAGGAGAGAUGACCCCUCCAGGCAAAACUACCGCUGUACAUCCUGAAAGUCAAAAUUCUGGUCCUAGAAUAACUAAGAGAGAUAGAAUUAAUGCUACUAUAAGUAAAGCUGUUGGUAUCUUUAAACAGAAACUUGGUAAAUUGAUUAAAAAUGAUGACUUAGUCGCAAGAGGUACAGAAGAGAAAGAUGAAGCUGACAAAACAAAAGAAAAUGCAGAAGUUCAGAAGAAAAUGAAUGAAUUCUAA